AGGUACCUACUGUGCUGUCUGUCUAGGCUAGGUUAGGGUCGGUAGGGUUGCAUUGGGUUUAGCUUCUAACUACUAGUUAUUUAAGUAAUAAAUAUUUACUUAACAGAAAUUCAUUAAACGUUCACUGGCAUAAAGUUAUAAAGAAUCUGAGACCGGAAGAAAAGGAGGCAGUGUUUGUAAACAGUUUCCUGGUUGUUGAUGAAAGAUUAAAGUUUCAGCUUGUGCUACGGUAUCGGAAGUUUAUCAAACUUUCUGCACUGCCCUAUUCACUAACAGCUGCCUUUGCCUAAAACACAACUCCACGGCACGCGGAGGUCCCAAAAAACUAUCGUAACUUUGAAUAUUAGGAUAUAAAAUGAAUUUCUUUAAGUAUUCAGUGGUUUUAGCCGUUUUUAUGGUUGUUUCUUAUGCAGACAAAAGUGAUGAUGAGGCGAAAAACAGUAAAAACUCGAAGAAAAUUAAAGAUAAACGCACUGCUGUUGGCACCCUAUCUAACGUGAUAGCACAGAUUCAAAACCUACCCGUGAUGGACCUCGGAAAACGGUUCCGAAGACCUUGCAAGACUGGAAACAAAUGUGGAAAGGUGAUGAAGCGCCUGAUGGUGCCGAAGCUGGCCCAGCUGGAGAACACCAUCAUGGGUGUGAUGCGGGAGGUGGCCAAGCUGACGCCCGGCGCGCGCCUCCCGGACAAGUACACCAAGACUGAGCCCAUCAACUUGCUGCUGGAUCAGAAUUACAGAGAGGAAGUAUGCAUGGACAACCUAGAAGCGUGCACCAAGGAGGACAAGCGCCGGAAGCGGAUAUUGAAGAAGCUGUUCUUCAAGAAGUACAACCAGUUUCGGUCGGAGCUGAUCGGCUACGGCGGGCGGCGGAUGUGGGGCGGGGAGGGGAACCUCUUCUACCGAUGAUGACGUUAAUAAAUAAAUAAUU